ACACUUUGAAAAUCUCCAACUCGACGCAUGCAGUAACUUAUACUGUAAAUGUCAACUUCUAUACCAUUAUCCGCCUUAAGCCUUCAGUUCCACCCAGAACCCUUCUGCCUGUCACUGCGCAUCUCCCUUGACCACUCUCCCACUUGCCCUCGCGUGACUCCAUAAAAUCCUCUUGUUUCUGAUGUUGGCCCUCGAUCCAUUUGUGGAUACACGUAUAGCAAUAGACGACGCCGGUUUGACAGGCUGUUGGAGUGACGAUCUCAUCGACGCAAAUAGGGCACAAUGCCGAAUCGCUGGGAAAUGGAAUCGUGUAGACAGGGAGCAACGAGGGAGUGGCGAUGGGUGCAUCUUCUGCUGAAGGGAUUGAAUCUCCCUCGUUGGACUCCUCUUUCUUCACUUCUGGCUUCUUCUUGCCGGAGCCUCCCUUGCCAUCUGCCGAAAUCACAGGCGGGGGCAAAUCAACACUUUCAGUCGCUUUUCGUGAAAGUUGCUUCGCAAAAUCCGACUGAUACCACCAUUCCAAAAACUUGAGGGCAAAGAUACUUGUCGGUAGCAAAAUCGACAAGCUUGACAACACCCGUGGGCCCAUCUCACGGGGGUUUAACAACGACCGCCACCCAGGUCUGUGUCCUGUCUCGGGUGUCUGUGUCAAAGCCUCAAUGGCCUUAUAAUCUGCACCCGACAUUCUUCGAAUACGUGUUCCUAUCAGCCACAAGAGAGGGCUGUGGUACUUGCUCCCGUCGAAGAGGUACGCCAGAUUGAAAGCAAGCAUGGCAAAGUAAUAGCCGGCAUUGACGCUCGGGUAUAUGUUCCUGAGGAACCAUCGGUAAUAGUAUAGGAAUCGGUCGCGAAGAGUCGGGUUAUCUGGCAUCCGCGUGUAUGCCGCACCGAGAAGAGCUCUUGGCGCAUUCACCUCGUAGCUCUCGUCAAGCUUCCGCUUCAGGUAAGGGAUUCCAACGAUGACGAGAAGAUUCUUCCAGACGUCCCGGGUCGUGAGUUUCAAUGUCUCGCGCACAAUGUCGGGCGAUGACAUGCUCGCGCGUGGCACUUCGGCAUGGAGGCCCUUUUCGCGCUUGAGGCCGUAGAAGUUCUCUGUGAAGGAGCCGCCCCGGGUGCGCAGGUAAUGCCGCUCAACGAGCAGCAUGACACCAGCAUAUAUCUCAUCGAACGAGUUUAGUAUCCUUAGAAGAUACCGUGGGUGUCGAUGCGUCGCAAUGGUAAGUAGGUAGCGGAGGGUCGGCGGGAGGAGGGCGUUGAGUUGUUGCUCAGAAAGGACUUCGAAUAGAGACGGCUUCUGUUCGUCGAAGGUGCCCCGAAGGGCCGUGACAAACUCCAUUGCCUCUAGGAUAUGCCUGGAGGAUGCGGAGGAUGAGUGAAGGAAUGACAAUGAACGGUGAUAAAUUCAAGGUUGAGGAUGAACGGAGAUCAGCUGCGACAGGAGAUCUUCAGUGGAGCGGCAAUUUGUUAGUGACCCCGGAUUACUGUACUGUACUGUGCAGGUGCGAUAACGGGUAAAGUGGAUCCAUCCAUGCGACAACAUCAAGCUCGGGCUGGUUGGCCCGACCGAUGGAAGUGCCUCGGCUUCUGGGGUCAUUGGCUGAAACGGGGAACAAUCAGCAUCAAGGUUAGGUAGCGUUUACAACGGACCGAGGUAUCGUCAGUCAGUCAACUGGUAAGUAAAGGUAAGCCAGAUGUCAAUUUCAUUGUGAUACCCCAGGUUUUACUUUUGUAUCUUUUUGGAAGGCUCAGGCCAUUUGCUGUCAUAUUUCAUAAUCCAUCUUGAUUCGAGACUGCAGCCUCUCUUGGGUACCUUACCUUGCAAUAACUUGUACAUUAAAGACCAAACAAAAUGUCCGACUCCAAACCAACAGACGAUCACCGCAAGACCUUGAAAGAGGGCAGUCCAGAAGAAAGAGUCAAAGCCUGGUUACAGCUUUCGCAAAAUGAUGACGGUCAUUCUAAACAAGGAGAUUGGAUGAAUACCCUCAUUCCUCAUCUCCAGCUCGUGUCCACCAAUGCUGAAGGACCUCACCCAUCAUGUGUAUUCUCAUAUACAGUUCAGCCCGAUAAUUGCAACAGGCUACAGAACCUGCACGGAGGUUGCGCAGCCACACUCUUUGACUGGUGUACGACAUUACCCCUUGCUUUGGUGAACAAACCCGGCUUCUGGCAGUAUAUGGGCGUGAGCAGGACACUUAACAUCACAUACAUGCGACCUGUGCCCGUUGGAACCGAGGUAUUGAUCGAGUGUUCGAUCACUCAAGUCGGCAAGAAAUUGGCCUCUCUGCACGGAAGUAUGAGAAGGAGAUCAGAUAAUCUUCUCCUAGCUACAGCUGAGCAUGGAAAAGUAAAUAUAGAUGACGAUCUUAAGGCUAGGAUGUAGAGGAGGAACUCAUGAUAAACACAAGACAUAGAUAAAUCAUUUCAUAAUAUAUAUUCUAGAAUUAGGUGUUGAAUAAGGUACUAUCAAGUAGAUUUCGCUC